AUGGCUAGAACCAGUAAUUCUAACAGUGAAUCAGAAGCAAGACCCACAGGCGGUAGAGGCAACAACGCACAAUCAUCCUCUACUUCCAAUAAGGCGAAUCAAAAGCAACGUCUCACCAAUUCACAACAACAGUACUUAAAAGACUUGGCCCAAACACAUAUUACUAAUAAUCACCCAAGUCUCAUACCCAAGUCCAAUCCGGUAGACUUCCAGGAGUACCCUGAUGAAUUCCUCCGCAAAUAUAAAGAUAACUUCCAUUUGGAUGUGGCAGACAAUCUAACACUUCAGGGGUACCUACUAGGGUCUCAAUUAGGAUCCAAGACUUAUUCCUUCAAGAGAAAUGAUAAUAUGAAAUAUAUUGACGCCAGGGUGACUAAACCCACAUUGGCCCACGAGGUCAAGAAACAUUUCACGCAAUACAAUGUCAAGGAGUCUGAUUGCAUACCCAAGUUUAUCUACAAGGUGAAAAACAAUAAGAAGAAGUUUAAGAUGGAAUUUAGAGGAUAG